CCCCGCAUGGCCGGAAAUUCAAGCACCUUGCAGCAAUAUCGCUCCUCCAUCGCAGCCGUCAGUAGCGGUAAAGAAGCCAAUGAAGAGGCAUGGAUGACAAUGUGGUGCUCGUCGAAUUGGGCCGAGCUUCUCCAGCCUGCACCGCUGAGUAUCUCUCUUCUUGGCUCUGUUCUAUGCAUAGCAUCUGGGACAGACGACUUCAGCCUACAAACCCCUCCUUCAGAGGGGGGUUCACCGUUAACCUGGAAAUAUGUGAAACACCCAGAUUCAUUCAAGACGUGCCUCAUGCAGAUGGUGGGAGAUGGCUACAUAGCUUUUGAAACAGCUCACACGAAGAUGCAAACCAUUCAAGCGUUGUCGGAGCAGAUGCCAGACGUCAUACGGAACCUCGUCACCGUCCUGGCGACCGGGACCCAGGUGGAGGUGGAAGCUUUCUUCAAGACAGGGCUCAACGAUCUCGGAUCUUUGGCACGUAAAUGCGAGGACGCUGCCAAUGCUUGUGUUACCGGUUUUGAUGAUCUCUCUAAUCUCAGUCAGGAGCUGUCCGUGGCCUGUACUUAUAGAGCUGGGACAGCGGAACAAGCCAUUGUCGCAAAUGACAUGCACCUCAAGGUGUUAGCAGAAGAGAAGAGAAGAAGGGAAGAAGAACUUAUCGUCACC